ACCGGUAGUCCGUCUCCUUUGUUCUGGUAAUUAGCUAGUAGGUAAAUGUUUCAGUCGACCUGGCAGGCGGAGCGAAGCUUCCCCUUGGCGUUUGCUGGUUAGCAGUGCCGUUAAUAGUAGCUGUCAUCGGUUAGCUGUGGCUGGAAGCUGACUUUAACCAAACCUAAAAGAUACGCACAUUGUUGUGUGAAAAGACGCUAAGCAGAAGUUGAGGGAGUUGGUCGAGUGUCGACUAACAAGGAGGUUAGCUUAGCUUACGGUCUGACGGACCAACUCAAGCUAACGACGAAGGUGUGAAGAAUGAAGCAGUGUGUUUCAGGAGACUGUGGAAAGUAAAACAAGUUUGUCAAGCAGUGACGUUAACUUUAGUAGGUUGACGUUAUAGAGCUGGAGCCCAGGUCUGUUUUUCUCAGCACUUGUUACUAGCUGCUACCAACCUGCAUAUUGAUUAUAUUUGAAAGCAAUGUUGGAUUGUAUAAAGUUACAUUGGCAGCUCCAAAAGUUGCCAGGUUCAACCAAAGACAUGUAGACAAGAAGCCUGACUUUUAAAUGCUGUAAUUUCAUUACAAGCAUUUUAAGUAAUGUCAGGAGGGUUCACCCCCAGUUUCUGUUGAACUGCUCAAUCACACCCACAGGUGUGUCUAUGGCCUGAGGACGUCAGUUUGCCCAGGCCUGAAUCAUUCUGAACAAGUAUAACAACUUCACAAUCAAACUCCAUGCUCUUCCAGUGAUCUCACAGAGCCUGGCAACUUCAGUGAGAGGAGUUGAGAACUGUGUCUGCGGUUUUAAUUAAAUUCCAACAAACUCAGUGAGGAAGCAUGACAGCUGUGGUAGGCAGAGCAUGGGGGUGGGUGCGCUCAUGGGGCAGCAGUGCUGUCUCAGAGAAUACCACAACAGCCAAGGGCCUGAAACAGGGCUCAAGUGGACAGGGCCUAAGAGGGUGGGGCUCUUGGAUCUGGGGAGGGUGGAGAAGUCAAAGUGACCAAAGUAGUGCAGUAGAGGAGUACUGGGAAGCGCAGGAGAAGCUUCAGCCCAUGGAAAUUGAAGGCCUCGGUGCAGGGAAACAGGAGAAGGACGCGACCUCAGGGCAAGUUUCUAGAUGGUGGAAUAAAUGUCUCCCAACUUCUUAUCUUACAUGGACAAGCAAAACCGAACCAAGUGGCCUAAGACGAAGGAAACGUGAUGGUAGGAGUGGAGAUGCAUGGGACGGUGAUGUUGAUGGGGACUUUUCAGACUACGGGACACCUCCUCCGUCUCCUACACCUCCUUCCUCUCAGCUGACAUCUCCUUUUCGACUCUUCGCGCAAGGCUGGAAGGUAGAAAUCGUUCCAGAGCACUACGAGAUCUCUUUCAACUUCCUCCGCCACUUGUUUGAUCUGUUUGUCGUCGGCUUCCUGUGGACUGUGUCCCCUCCUACCAAGCUGAUCCUGGAGGUGCUGGGUGUCCAGGGAGCACUGAGGCUGUGGUUCCACGGUAUGGCCAUGUUUUUUGUCUCCACGGUUGGAAUGGCAGGAUUACUCUGGUUGAUCCAGGAGUAUCUCCCUCAGUUUGCUUUGAUCUAUGGCAUCAUCCAGGCAUUGGUGAUCUCUGUCAGUGUCCGACAGAGUGUGAUCCUCGGCGUAGAUGAAGACCAAGAAAAUGAUGAGAAGGACAAGGAGGCUGAAGAUAUGAAAGACAGUAGGGAACAUAAAGAAAAGCUUUUGUCCGUCAAGGACAAGGUGAAGACAAGUUAAAUUUAAGACGGUGUUCCACAGUUGCUGCCUAUUCAGAGGACCACCAACCAAUCAGCUGUCUCAGACCUCCUUCAGCAGGACUACACAGAGACUUUCACUGCACCAAUGUGUUCUGCAGUGUGACUUCAGAAUUGUAUUGCACAUUUAUUACAAACUCAGAAGUUUUACUCAUGUCACUUUAUGUUCAGCAUCAACAUCUGCAUUUCAUAGAUGUCAGAAGUCCUCACCUGAUCUUAAUGUUAUCACCAGAUAGCAGUACAAAGUUUAGUUUCAAAUAGCGUACUACUACUAAAUAGUGGUGUGUUUAUAAUACGGGGCCUUGUGUGUUAAAGAAAUGCCUUUCAAAAAAGAAAAGACAGUAUUUGGGGAAUAUUUUGUUGCAUUUCUAGUCUGUUAACAUUUUAUUUCUUGUCCUGUGGGACUACUUUUCCCAUGAUUCACCAUAAUCACCCCGUAUGGGACCAGGUGGUUUGCUUAGUGCUACAUAAAUAUCCCAGGGCCCCUGAAGGCCAGGUCAGAAGGGUCAGAGAUCCUCACUGAAGGUGAACUUUAAAGUAGUUUAAUACUGGAGUCCAUAUGAAGUGAAUCUUUUGGCAUCAUAGGGUUCUAUCCAAUUGGAGUGCCGUUUGAACCGUAGAUGGUAGUGUCUGUUCUGAAGCUUGAAUUUGAGUUUGUCUUUAACUAUUUUGGAAAAGUCACAUUACAUGUUUUCCUAAAUAUUACACCCCUGUACUACAAAACUACAAUUUAGCUUUAUUCACAGUCUGUGAUCCUAUCGCUUAAUAUUUAUGUAUGUCAGACCUCACUUCCCUCUCCGGGGGGUGCAGGGAAAUUCGUCGAACAGAAAGCUAAUGAGAAAGCUGUGAAAAUAUAAAAUGGGUUAAUUGUGGGAAGCAAGAGGGGAUGGAUGAGCAAGUACUAACCACUACUGCUGACUGAGUUACCAGUUCACACAGCUGACACACAAACGCUAUUUAAAUACACUGCAUUCAGCCAUAGAUCUCCUUAACUUUGCAUUGACCCCAAUUUUGUUUUUUCAAAAUAGAAUGUUUAUUUUUUAGACCAAAGACUAAUUGAAUGGAAUGCAAUGUGUUAUCUAAGAGCAAGCAUAUAAUAAUACCUGUCGAGGAAGUGGUUCCAGCACUCAGCUGUGAUGUUUGCUGUUACUUCUCAACUAUAAAGUAAUGUAACAUUAAUGUCUGCUGGUAAAUCUGUUUUGCACCUCAUAUACACUAUGUUCACAUAUUAAAGUGAUAAAGGAGGGCGUGGCUGUACCGCAUGCAGUGCAUUAUGUAACACUGAAGUCCACAACAUGGCAGUAACAUUGUUGCAUAUUGGUGUACUAGGUAUCUGCUUUGAGGUUUUAAGUGACAUGUAAUACCAGCAGCCCAUUUUGAUGUGUUCCCUCUACACACCAGUUUAUUGCCUUAUGUCAUUUUGUCUUCUAUACUGCUUGUUUCAAACUUGACUUUUCUCUAUAAGUAUGUGUCUUUAUGGGCUUUUACUUCUGUGCCAUGCUUUAGGUUUAAAGAUAAAAAAAUAAAAAUAAAAGACCAAACAUCUGAUUUGGUUUUAGUGCACAAAAGCAUGUUUUGCACUCAACACUUGUGUUGUAUUUAACCACAAUGCAUCAGACAUUCUCUCUAAAGUGUGUGCCACUACAUUUAUACAAACAUGGAUAACUAUAAGAUGAGCCUGUGGCAGACAAUAUUGAAUUCAAAUCAUUUAUUAUUAAAAUCGAAUAGUCUUUUGGCGUGCACGUAGUGUAUUACAUUGUAUAUAGAAUGAAAAUGUUUUUUAAAAUCCUAUUUUCAUGAAAAUACAGAACUACUGCCCAAAUGAGGAAAAACUUGAUAAGUAAUUAUCAGUGCCAAAAUGGCGUGAAAUGUUAUGUCAAAGGAUUGUUUCAUUUUAAUGUGUAAAUUGAAAGAAAUGCAAACUUUUGUAUUUAGAGCUGAUGCAAUGGAUUAUUCAAUUGACAGAAAAUGUACUCAACUAUUGCGAUAAUCAAUUGUUUAAAUCUUUUUUUCCCUUUUCAAGCCACAAUGCCAGAUAUUUCCAAGUGUCAGCCUUCUCACUUAUCAGUUCCAUUAAAAUAAGUAAUCAUAAUGUCCUAAAAACAUACAAAAAUCUAUGUUUUUGUAUUUUGUGACAUUUUAUGACCAAAACCAUCAAGAAAAGAAUUGGCAGAUUAAGUAAGUUCCAUGUCUUUAUUAAUAUGAAUAAUAUUUUGAUUUAUAUUGUAACUAAUGAAAAUAAAAUGUAAAUGAUCUUUUUCAUCGUCAAUAGUAAUUGACUUUAAUAAAAGAGGCCUGCUUGCAGUUAUGACCGUCUUAAAUGUCAUUAGAAACAAGCAAAAAUCGAAUAUUUAAACAGUUGUUUUACUUUAAAGUUUUUAACUCAUUGACUAUCCAUGGGGGGGCAUUUCACUUUCAUUAUUAUUGCCGUAUUAUGGUAAUGAGUGCAGAGCGCCAUGGUUUUUACAUUUACAUAUAUUAAGCCACAAUCUAUUUAAAACAAUAAAAUUGGAUUUUUAAAUUGUAAUUGAAAUGUUUUAAUGUGUACACACAAGUGGAAAAUGAAAUUUAACCAAAUGUCUGGUGAUAGUUUGAGUCCUAAGGAAGUGACGCCUACAACUCUUGGUUGCCUUUUACUCAGCGUUUGCUUUUAUUGCAGUAAUAUUGACACUGAUAAUCCCUAGUAAGGAAAGCUAUUUUUAUAUGAGCAGCCAACACACCCAACAAGUGCUGGAUCACUGUAGCUGAAGAACCUGUUCUGCCUCCCAACACGAGGAAAGAGCUCCCUGAUACCCAAUGUGUAAUUUUAACUUGGAAGUAAAACAGGAAGGAAGUUAUCUGCUGUGAACUAUAACUGUACAUGUAAUUGAUAGCCACUUUGAACCCAACACUCCACUGAGGUUUAAUGCUUUCACCGGCUAAAUAAAUAUUCUCUUUUCUUA